AUGCGACGAACCGCACUCUUUUCCGCCGCAACGGCACUACUCACUAGUACCACAACCGCACAAGCCACAGCAUCAACAUCGUCAAAACGUGGUCUCUGCUACGUGCCCUCCGAAGACCAUCCCGACGACGACAAGAUAUGGACAACCGGUCCAUCACCACCGACAUGGUACUACAAUUACCAGAAGGACCCCUCACCUGCCUACGCCAACGACCCAGACAUGCAAUUCGUCCCCAUGCUCUGGGGAGCCAGCGAUAGCGACACUGGAACCCCCUUCCUCGACUCAGUCAAGAAGCAAAUCGCCGACGGACACAACAUAAGCUACGUCCUUGGCUUCAACGAGCCCGAUGGUGGCCACAGCACUGGCGGUUCCAACCUCGCCGUCACCACAGCAGCCGCUCGCUGGAAAGCCGAGAUUGAGCCUCUGAAGGAACUCGGUAUUAAACUGGGUGCGCCUGCUGUUACUGGCGCAGAGUCUGGUUGGCAGUGGUUGGAAAACUUCUUCAACGAGUGUGAUGGCGGUUGUAAUCCUGAUUUCAUCCCUGUACAUUGGUACGGAAACUUUGAGGGCAUGAUGAGCCAUGUUGGACAGGUUACGAACAAAUGGCCGAAUCUGACUGUCUGGGUUACCGAGUAUGGCUACCCGAAUCAGCCGCUCGAGGCGACGCAGACUUUCUAUAAUCAGAGUGCUCAGAGCUUUGAUAGCUGGCCCAACGUCACACACUACUCCUACUUCGGCGCCUUCCGCUCCGACGUCAGCAACGUGGGUGCCAACGCCGCUAUGCUUACCCAGGACGGCAAAUUGACGGAUAUUGGAUCCUGGUAUAUGGGUGGUGCUGAGACGAACAAUGUGCCAAAGGCUUCUGGUGCUUCGACGGCGGGAGCUGCCCCGAGUGCUUUAAUGUUGAGCCUGGUGGCCGUGGUUGGGCAGCGACACCUCACAGCCGAUGACGUCAAGGAAUUACCGCCCUCGAAGAGUCCUUCAAAGGUCAUCAGGCUGAAUACCGUUCCUCGCCAGGACGUACAAAGUAACCAACCUUCUCGACCCCAACCACAGCGCAGCGGUGCCAACAUAGACGGAGUAAGGAUCGAACUAAGGAAAUCAACGUUCUACAACAAAGAUGCGGGCAAUCCUCAAUACAGCGCAAUGGACAUGCCUUACGAGUCCAAUCAUGAACAGAUUGGGGAAGGAGCUCACGCAAAAGUUUACAAAUCCACGAUCAAGGGAGGCUUUUACAAUGCCGGUCAAGGACUCAUUUCAACUGACUAUCAAGUUGCACGGAAAGAAUUUUCGGGAGUACGGGCGAAGGACAACUUCCUGAUUGAGAAUAAGAUCUGUCGAGACUUUUACGACGCAACUUCGGGGAUUACCAAGACGAUCGUGGCUCCCUUGUUCAGUUAUGCCGUUGAGGAUCUCGAGGGCGGUGUCAGUUACAACAUCUGCUAUGAGCUUGCGGCUUGCGAUCUACAGACUUAUCUAUCGGAUGACAGUAACUUUCCCCGUGGCAAAUCACGUGCGAGAGUUGCACAUAUUGAACAGAUGUUGAGAGUCGCGGAAGGAUUGAAAUGGCUCAUGGAAACAACUACGAAAGAGGGCGGAUUAUUCAGAGCUCUGGGGUUUACGCACUGCGAUCUGCAUUGGAGAAACAUCCUGUUAUGUGAGGAUGAAAACCAUCCCGGCAGUCUCAUCUUCAAGAUAGGUGACUUUGGAAGUGCAAGAACCGGACGAGACUUGGAGAACGAUCAGAGAUCAAGAGUUGCCUUGGUUGAACGCAUUAAUGGCCAAUUCUCCGCCCCUGAACCUGAGGCUCAUGUUAAUGGUGACGUAUGGUCUUUCGGGUGCAACUUGUUGCUUGUCCUGGUGUUCAACUACUAUGGAGUGGGAGGCAUUAACGAAUUCUUGGCAAGUCUACUACGGCAUUCGAAUCAAGACUGGUUUUACGAUCGCAUCACACGCGUAGCAAGUAACGAAACUACCAGCUGUAUGAAUCAUCUUCGCCGACGUGUCGAGCAUGAUGCUGAUCGACUCGUCACCGUCGGACUACUCAAUCUACUCCAGAACAGUAUACUGGUGCCCACGAAGAACAGAAUUAGUAUAUCCGAAGUGGUGACGGCUCUCCAGACUUGUUUAAGGGAGCAACAAACGGUCGUGCCAAAAGUCAUGGUUGAAAGAGCUAACAGGUGUUUUGAAUACUGCUUUCAUGCUCCUGGAGGAAGGUUUGAGAUGUUUCGUAAAGGGGCUGGUGCAUACACCAUGAGUGUCUGGACUUGGAAUCACGGAAUAGCCUCAGAAUUGCCAUUCCUAGAGCCUAUCACUGGACCAAAACAAGGACGAAACAUGCCCGAGCAGGGCCGCAUCUCCCCGUGCUCUUCGUGCUGUGGGGAAGAGCAUAUUUGCCAAGUCAUCGCGACAAGCAACACGCUUGAGUUACUCUUGUAUCAAGUGCCAAAAAUCCCUGGUGACCCUAUCGCAAGAGAGUAUAUCAGUUUGACUGAUCUUAAGGACGUCUCGCGCGUUGCUUUAGCGCCAAACGCCAAAUAUAUUGCCAUCGAUGCAGACCGCAGAUUACGGCUCUACGAAAGGCAACAGCUACUGGAUUCCAUGAAGCUGUAG